GAUGCCCUUCUUGAUUUUAAGCAAAGUCUAUCUGAUCCUCAACUCUUUCUCUCGGCUUGGGAUAUAGACGAGGAUUGUUGCACAUGGAAGGGAGAAGCAUACCUUUGUGGAUUGGAGAAAAAUUAUUGUCCCUGAAGAUCUUACGCUUACACUCAAAUAAAUUCCGUGGAUCAAUUCCCUGGGAGCUAUCCAAACUAAAAGAUCUACAAAUCUUGGAUCUUUCAAAAAAUUUUCUUUCUGGGCCAAUCCCAAAAUCUUUUAAAUUUCUUAAUUCAAUGACCGUACAAAAUAAGCGGCUUGAAUCUCUAUAUCCUCAUGAUGGUCUUAUAUUUCCAAAUGAGGGGCUUGAUCCGUCGAUUUCCAUAAAUCUUGUCUACAUUCCAGGCAUACUUUUACCUGAUUCAAUAAUGAUUGGUAUUAAAGGAAUUGUUCGUGAAUUCAAAGGCAUACUUUCUCUUGUUAAUAUUAUAGAUCUUUCUUGUAAUAAUCUCACUGGUGGUGUUCCUAUUGAAUUAAUGAGCCUUGUUGGAUUGAUGAGCUUAAAUUUAUCGAGAAACCAAUUCACGGGACAUAUACCAAACAAAAUUGGUGUUAUGCAAAGCUUAGAAAGUUUGGAUCUCUCAUGGAACCAUUUCUCAGGAGAUAUUCCAGAGAGCAUUGUGUUGCUCACUGCAUUGAGUUUUCUCAACUUAUCUUACAAUCAAUUGUCUGGUAGAAUCCCGUCGGGGACCCAACUUGACACAUUUUCUGAAUCAAGUUACUACAAAAAUCCAAAACUCUGUGGAAAACCACUACAUACGACAUGUGAAGCCGCUGAACAUAAAAUACGUGAUGAAGAAGGCAAUUCUCUUAAUGAUGAUGAUUUUGGUUUGUUCCUCGGUAUGGGGCUUGGUUUUGUUGUUGGACUAUGGAGUGUAUUGGGGACCUUAUUGCUCAAGAGGUCUUGGGCAACCACUUACUUCCAAUUCCUUGAUAAAGUGAUAAAUAAUAUUUAUGUAUUUGUCAACGUGAAAGUGAAUCAGUGGUUUAAUUAA